CCGGCUAUGCUAACUAAUGGCUAGUAGCUGUUAGCUACCUUCUAAAGUUGGUCACAGGAGUCAGAACAAAGAGUCAAAACAGCUGAGUUUGUCUACGACCAAGCAACGUAAGCUCUUUUGUUUUCGCAGGUUGGCGAUCGAAUAUGGUUUUGAAUCUCUGUCUUCCACCCUUUCAUACAGCAGUUCAAUGCAACAAGCUGUGUGCAGAUGGCUAUGAUGUCACAAACCUUGUGUCAGCCGACCCUGCUCUCCGGAGGCGUGGCUUCAAGCUGGAGUACUUCCUACGGCCGCCUGUACAGGUGACAUUGAAGUUUGGCUUCCAGGUGGAGCUGUGCAGGGUGGAUGUGGAGCUGUGGCCCUGGGGUAUGGACCGAGGACAGGCUUGCAAGAGACUGGAGAUCAGCACCAGCUCUGACACAUUACACACCUGGAAUUUUGACCAAGGCCACAAACGUGUUCAGCAAAAAAAACAAUUGCAGGUGAAGGACCAGAAACAGAGUAGAGAAAAACAACAAGAACAUGACGUUAAAUAUGGCCAAAGUACCAGCAACCAGUGGAGACUUCAGGCUCAACAGUGGGGUGAAGAGACCCUAGAUGAGCCUCAACAAAGAGGCCAUGCGUUCAAAUCAAACACUGAACCCAGUAAUCCUGAACCAGACUUUAAACUGGUAGGUCGUUGCGAACUCAGGGAGGACACCCAAGUCUGUUUCUCACGUUCAAAUUUCAGUCCCCGGCCCCCGUUCCUCUCCCCUCUACCGCCGCAACCCGCAAACUCUCAUCAGGAGGAGCUGUGGAGUCGGGGUUUGCUUUCAUUGGGCGCAGUGACGCAACUUCGCGUGACCGUGCCGUUCGGCGGCGCAGCAUCUGCUCUUGGGCUCAAGUCUUUGGCCGUGUGGGGACAACCUGCUCGCUGCUGCCCUGCAGAAGAAGUGGAGAGGAUUAAAAGAGUCCAUGAGGACAGCCAAAGACAGCUGUCAAGACCUGUGUUUUUUGGCCCUUCUGUCAGCAGGAUGAAACCACGGCUGCAAACAGCUACAUCCCCAAGCAAUCUUUCCAUCCCAGAAGAGUUCCUCGACCAGAUAACUCAGGAGGUAAUGCUGCUGCCCAUGCUGCUGCCCAGCGGUGUGUCAGUGGACAACACCACCCUGGAGGAGCACCAGAAGAGGGAGGCCACUUGGGGGCGACCCCCCAACGAUCCCUUCACUGGCGUCCCGUUCACUUCCACCUCCCAGCCCCUUCCUAACCCCCAACUGAAAAGCCGCAUUGACCACUUCCUACUGCAGAGAGGGAUGAUGAGGAAGGACGGGAUGUUGGGGAGACAAGGAGAGGGAGAGAUUCCACAGGCCUCAAGACUCAUAGCCUCCAAGGUUGACGGAGUGUCCCCGUACUCUCCCUGUCUCAGUGAGAGCUCAACAAACAACACUGGUAUUCAAUAUAGUGCUGCCACCAGAACCACAAACAGGAAUACAAAAACAGAAGACACUGGAUUAGGACAUUCAUCAGAUUAUGUAAAUCACACAUUUAACACCCAGCCUCUUACUAUAGAUAGAAAAUCUGAGUUGGGCCGAAGAAAGAAACGAGACCUAAGUGGAAUUUCCAACGAAUCAUCAGAAGAUUUGACAGCUGAGAAACAACUACUACCUCAAACAAAAAGACCAAGAAAUGAUGCAGUUUCGGUCCCCAGCUGCAGCUCUCAUGAGCAGCGUUUGUCAGCCAGUCUGGACGAGGCCCUCCUCUCCGCCCUGCAGGGACGACCCUCCUUCACCUCGAACUUGUCUCAGCAGAGACGGGUCGGUCCUGACUCUGAACCACUUAACACCUCACUGCACUGUCAGACUGCAGGCACUCCAAGCAUGCAGCCAGGUGAGGAGACCUGCUCUGCAUGUUCCUGCUCAGUGUCUAUGUACUCUAGAUCUGCAUCAUCCAUCUACCGUCUAACCUGCGGACACUUGCUCUGCCGUUCCUGCGUGCGGAGGGAUCCACCACCACUUAACUCUGUCACUGCAUCUACAUCCAAUCACAUCUUGUGUCCGGCCUGCCAAAGCCCUACCCCACGCAGUGAUGUCAUACGGGUGCAUCACUGACGGAUGCCGUCAGAAAUACAAACCUACGUCUAAGAAACCCUGUGAAGAAAAAUAAUUAAAACAUUUGCAGCUGAAAGUCAAAGAUCCUGGUGACAUUUUAUUUGCCUCCGUCCCCCUUCUUGAUAUACAGUGCAUCUUCACAUGUGUUGGAUUAUAUGAUAACGUUCUAAACAUUUGCCAAAUGUUUCUUACCAACAGUUGCCAUGACACUAUUCAUUCCUCAUUUCUAACUUUUUGGGGAUUUUUUUCUAUAUUAUUUCUUAUUCACACACAUUUAAAGAACUGCAAGUCUUGCUGUGGAUUAUAUUUCUUUGAAUUUCCUUGGACCUGUGACGUCACAAAAUAAAAGUUCUUAAUAAAAAGAACAUCAGUGAAAGCAAAGACCUUUACAAGAAUCUUGAGUAAAAGAAUGAAAUUAAAUUGUCUUCUUCCCUGUUCCAUCCUGUCCCUCUAUUUUCAUGGAGCAUUGAGGCGCUGCUGCAGCCUUGGUUCGAGGAUGUUGAGAAGGCACAGAGUAGCAAGAGGACAGAAGAAUGAAAGUGGAUUUCGAGUGGACACAAGGCUGUGUGGUCAUUGUGAAGAAACACGCCGGGACACGCUCGGCCGUCCCCUCUUCACUCUAUUCACCACAUUACAUUCCCUACACUCUUGCAUAUCGGUUGUUUGUCUUUAGAGAGUAAAUGCAGGAAGAAAAUGUAAAUGACGACUUCUCAGGACUGAUUAUGUAGAUUGAUAUGUUCAUAUUAAACUGUAUAUUAUUGCAUGAAUUCACGCAAUGGCAAGUGUUUCUCAGGUUUUAUCGGAAGGCUGUAUUUCUUUAAAGUGUGUGUAAUUCAAACAAGUUUCUGACUGACGGCGUACGUAGUUGUAUUUCCUAUUACUGCUUUUCUUAUAAGGUGCAUUGUUGGGAAA